AUGCCACCGCUCGACGUCGGCUCCCUCGUCUUGCACGACGAUGGCGGCGCGGAGCUGGAGGCGUCGUGCGGCUGCGAAACCGCGCCGUCAUACUCCGACUGCGACCCGUACGCCCCCGCGGAGUCUCUCCGGCUGCGGAUCGGCGAGGACAUCGACUGGAGCGACGUCGUCGGCGCCGUGGCGGUGCUGGAGCGGGAGGACUCCACCAAGGGCGCCGCCGCCAACCCCAAGUCGUGCGCCGCGCGCAGGAGCGCCGCGACGGCCGCGAGGAGCUCGCUGUCCGCCCCACCGGCGCCGAGGGCGGUGGCCGUGGUCAUCGGCGGCCUGCCGGCCGCGCGCGACCAUGGCGGCAGGCGCCGAUCCCCGUGCCGGCUUCAGCUUCAGCUUGGCGAUCGCGCGAGGGUAUUCGAGUCCGGGGAGGCCGCGGCGGGUCGUCAUCAGGCGGAGCCUGGGUCGCCCAAGGUGUCCUGCCUCGGAGGCGUCCGGUCGCAGCCGAGGACCGCGGCUGAGGGCAUCACUAGUGGUGGCGGUGGGCGCCGGUGGUGGGCGUGGCUGGUGGCAGACGUCAUGUUCUGCUGCUGCUGCUGGAAGGGUCGCCGCGACAGGAGGCCGAGGGCGAGCGAAGCCGAGUAG